GUAUUGAUGAAUUUACCAAAAGCUUCGUUUUUCGAUGAUCAAAAAUCAAAUUUAUGGAUGAAAGAAGUAAUUUAAGCAUCAGAUCCAAUAAUUAGUGGAAUGCUGAUGAAGAAUUCGAAAUUGGGAAUUUAAAAGGAGAGCAACUACUUUAUUUAGGAUGGAAAAUUGGCUUGUUCGAAGAAAUAUAUAGAUCUUCAAAAUGUUACCCUGGAGAAGAUUAAAAAUACAGGUUUUAAAUUGACAAAGAAUCGAAAAUCAGUUGAGUUGUUCACUCACAAUGAAUAAGCUUAGGGAAUGUGGUAUGAUUCCUUGAAAUCAUUCUGCGUUUAGAAAGGGUUCAACAAUGUCUACACUAUAAAUAAAUUAAUUGGGAAGGGGAAUUUCGCAAAGGUAAAGCAUUAUCGAAUAAGUCAAGGUGUACAGUGCAUCCAAAAAGAGUGAUCACUCGAUGUAUGCUGUAAAGGCCUUUGACAAGCUCAAAUUUUAAGACAUCAGAGUUGAUAAGGUAGAUAAAAUUUAUAAAUGUCUAGCCAGCUCUCAUCAAAGAAUUAUCAAUAAUGAGGAAAAUGGAUUUUGUGGGUGUAAUAAAAUUAUAUGAAGUGUUUGAAAACGACAAUUAUAUAUUUUUGGUGUGCGAAUUGCUCGAAGGAGGAGAGUUGUUUAACCAAAUGAAGGGCAAGGUGUACGACGAGAAAACAGUUGCUCACAUAAUGUUUAGAAUAUUGCAGUCAAUUGAUUAUAUCCAUUCCUUAGGAGUGCUGCAUCGAGAUAUAAAGGUAAUGAAAGGGUGAUAAUAAUGUAGCCAGAGAACUUGAUAUUAAGAUCCAAAAAGGAUAUAGCUGAUCUGGUAAUCGCAGAUUUUGGACUGGCUGACUUUUACAAUCCCGAAGGCGAUUACAUGUUUAAACGCUGUGGAACUCCUGGCUAUGUUGCUCCUGAGUUACUUCAAGAUGAAAUCUAUGAUUUCAAAAUUGACAUUUUUAGUGCCGGAGUGCUGAUGUUCAUCAUGUUGACUGGUCAAUCUCCAUUCAAAGCUAAGUCAUAUGAUGAGAUCGUGAUGAAGAACUACCAUUGUUAGAUAGAAUUCAAUUUAAUUAAUAAUCAACCUCUCAGCGAAGAAGCAGUGCAUCUAUUGAAGUCAUUACUCGAAAAGAAUCCAGAUUUGAGAAUCAGUUCUGAAUUAGCUCUUCAACAUCCAUGGUUUUAGAAAUAAGCUGAUCAUAAAUUAAUAUUGUAAAUUUCAAUUAUAUUUAAAAGGGCUGACACUUACCCAAGGUACAAAAAGAAUUCUUAAUUGUACGCCAAAACACCCUUAAUGGGACAGGAGCUCAAUCAAUCCAUUACUUCCCCAUUGAGUGUAACUCCUUAGAUGAGGAGCAAAUCCAAUACAGCAGACAUACAAAGGGAAGAAUAGAAUUCGUCUACUUCAAGAUAGUAGAGUUAAUCAUUGAAAGUUUAAAAGUAGGAAUGCAUCUUAGAAGAGAAUGAUUACAAUGUUAAUGAAGAGGACGACAUACCUCAUAGCAAUCAAAUUAAAAUGUAUCAAAUCCAGCCAAAAUUGAAAAAAAGUAUACAAUUAAUUAAUUUAAUAGAUUAAGAGGAGCAAUAGUAAAAAAACAUGAAGGGGUAACUCUAAUAGAAAGUUUGA